CUGGUUGCUGUCACAUGAGCGGAACUUUGCGGAAAAAGUAAACGAAAAUGGCAGAGUCGAGGAGCCCGAGUCGACUGUGGCUAAUGGCGGAAACUGCCUUGUUAUUCGCCAUUUUCUCUACAGUGAGCUCCACAUCCCAAGUGCCAGUUCUGCUAUGGUCCAGUGACGGAUUACCAGCACUGGCUCCUCCUGCGGCCGGUCACAUCAUGUCCACAGAGCAGCUGACAGAGUACCUCACCUCUGCCUUUGGCUCUGGCCCUCGCACAGUGGUGUUGUUCCUGCAGGACAAGUUAAGCAAAGAUGACUUCACAGUCUUUGGUGGUGUGUUUGGAAACAAGCAGGAUAGUGCCUUUCAAAAUCUUGAGGCUGCAUUGCAGUCUUCUUCCUCAUCAGUGACACUCCCAGCUCUAGAGUGGUCGGGCUCCUCUGCCAUCCCGGCGCUGCUACAGGAGGAGCUUGGCGUUUCUCCUCUGCUUGUGGACGCAGACACGCUAUCACAUCUCAGCAUUAACUCGUCUGCCAGCAAUCUGCUCCUCAUCAAUCUCCCUUACUGUACUAACUCACACAAGUCUUGCAAGGAAGUCCUACAAGACAAUGAUGAGACUAUUGGGAAAGUUCUGAAUAUCAUGACAGACAAAAAAGUCAAAUACACUGCAGUUUACACAGGAUCCCAGCCAUCACGGGUGAUUUCAGAGACAUCCAUGUCCAGUCAGCCUGUCGGGCGCUCCUUGCUUCAGGCACCAUCACCACCACCACCACCACCAGCUGUAAAACCUCCAAUCAUGUUUAAUGGGACUGGUGGCCCUUGUAUAAUGCUUUGGGCUCAGAAUCUCUAUGUCACCAACGUUACAAACCCCACAGCUUGGGUCGACUUAGCAGCACUAACACCUACACUGACGGGAUCCAUGUGUAACGGCACUAACUCACAACUUGUCCUCAACUAUGCAACUGGUCAUGUACUAAGCUUUUCCAUGAGUCAACGGUUCUAUCCUGUGUCUGCUCGUAACUGGUUCACUCUGGACACAGUGCAGCUCCAGUUUGGCGGUCUGACUGCAACUUUCAUUGGAAGGCGCGGCAUCUACGCCCCUGCAGAAUAUUCCUUCCACUGCAUGUCUGUCACCAGCUUCAGAGAUGCUUUGCUAGUCCAAAACACCACCAGUACAAACGCUUCAAACUGGAGGGUCAAUUUUGCUGACUUCCAGAUUCAGGGCUUUGGCUUGGCCAAUGGUACAAAUUUCUCCUACGCCAGUGACUGUGCUGGCUUCUUCACCGCAGGGAUUUGGAUGGGGCUGGUGACAGGGCUGCUCAUGCUCUUAAUUUUCGUGUAUGGUCUGCACAUGAUCAUGCAGCUGAACACCAUGGAUCGGUUCGACGACCCGAAAGGUCCAUCGAUUUCAGUGCCUCAAACAGAGUGAAGGGCUUAAAGAACACACUCCUUAUCCCCCAGUGCCUCAGAGAUCCUCCCUGUCAUGUUGCUUUUGUAUAUUUGGACCCUUCUCUCUGACGUUCUCUCUGAUUUCUCCUUGUUGAAUCCCUCCACAGCGGUCUUUACAUACUGUUAUCAUGCAAGAGACAUUCCAUUUCUUAUCUCUUCAACUGCAUGUGCCAAAAUGGAAGCACCUUUUUUACAUGUUGAUCUUGACUGCAUGUGCCUAAAGUUGGCCUGACAUUGUGGAUAUUUUACCUCCAAAAUAAUUACAGAGAAUGCCUUCUGUGCCAACAUGAAUGUGUCGCUGAAUGCUGUAGGACCGUUUCAGACCUCAGAUUUUAUGUUUUUCCAGCUGAACUGUAAUUAAAAGACUACUGGUAAUGAAAGAAGUGCCUGUGUAUAUUAGGACUUGCUAACUGUAAAAAACCUUUUCUCCUUAAAUUGCCUUAAGUAUGCUUGUGCUUUAGCGUGGAUUUAGUUGUGCUCUCUCUCCUCCAAAGACAAAUCUCUCAGUGCCACCGCUUCAAUAAGAUAUUUUAUGGUCAAAUUAUUUAUUUGUAUAAAAAAUGCUCUCUCAGCUAAACCACUCACAACCCUCACUUCCGGUUCAUUAACGAAAAUUUUGAUGACAGUGCCUCAUUUGUCUGCCAAACUUAUAAAUGCGCAUUUGCCAUUUUCUUUAAUUGAAAAUAAAGUUGUUAAAAUUGUGA